AGUCUCCUUCUUCUCCUUCUCUCAGUUGACACCUAUAUCCUCGUCUCUUCCCCGCACUCCGCCAUCGGUACAAAACACUCUCUAUACUUGCCAAUAUGGCUGCUCCCCGCGUCUUCAUCGUCCGCCAUGGAGAGACUGAAUGGUCACUCAACGGCCGGCAUACAGGCAGCAGCGACAUUCCCCUGACGGCCAAUGGAGAGAAGCGAAUCAUUGCCACGGGCAGGGCUCUUGUGGGCGAUGACCGUUUGAUUGUCCCUCGGCAGCUGUCGCAUAUUUACGUCUCUCCCCGGAAACGAGCCCAACGAACAUUCGAGUUGCUCAACAUUGGCGUAUCUGGGCCAUUACCCUGGCAACCACACGGCGGCUCUGCUGGCGGUGGCCUUCAAUGUGGCGCCACAGUCGAAAUUACCGACGACAUUCGGGAGUGGGACUACGGCGACUACGAAGGCAUCACAAGCCCCGAGAUUCGCAGAAUGAGAGCUGAGCAAGGCAUUGAAGGAACUUGGGACAUUUGGAGAGAUGGCUGUCCGGGAGGAGAGAGCCCCCAAGAUGUCACUGAUCGUCUAGACCGUCUCAUCGCCGACAUUCGUAAAAAAUAUCAUGAGCCCGCACUCAACUCGUCCGAUGGCAAACUCCCACAUAAGAAAUCCGGCGACGUGCUCAUCGUUGCACACGGACACAUUUUACGAGCCUUUUCGAUGCGCUGGGCUGGCAAGACCCUACAGGAUGGACCGGCAUUCUUACUCGAAGCUGGCGGAGUGGGCACUCUGAGUUAUGAGCAUCACAACAUUGACGAGCCUGCCAUUCUCCUUGGCGGAGCCUUUGUUGUCGACAUCCUGGAAAAGGAGGCCCAGGCUUGAAGCUUCAGCGACGUAUCUUUCCACGGUUACAUUGAGAGGAAUUACUCCGAAAUUAGAGGCUUUUUGGGAUGUAUAGAAUUGUUUGUGACCUACGCAUAGCAUGUAUCUUUGGCCCUUGGCAAAAGACAUUUUCCAAAGAAAAAAAAAAGAGGAGGGUAUGUAGAGCACACUUGCAUAUACCUAGCUACACCAUUCUUCGCCUGAUC